UUUAGACUUACACGCUCUGACAGCUCACUGGAAAUCAAUGAAGUGUAGUUUAAGAACCAUCGCUCUGACGUGAGAUGGUGUGAGACGAUCUUAUUCCCGCUUCAGGUGUCUCCCCCUCGGGUUCCACUUCGGAUUUUGAACUACUGCAUUUUCUUUUCAAAACCUCCCUUUCUGAUGGAAAUGCUAUAUUGUUAUAAGGGAAGAAAUUAUCUUUCCUAGCCUGACAUCAUGAUGCUGCCAGCCUUCAUCCUGCUGCUCAUUGUCCUUGGUGUCAUUCCCUCAGGUUUCGCUCAUGAUCUUACAGCUGCUGCAGGAUUCAGUUCAAUUGUUGAAAAUGAAGACGCCCUCCUCAGACGCUUAUUCCAAGGUUAUCAGAAAUGGGUUCGUCCUGUAUUAAAUUCUAAUGACACCAUAAAAGUAUAUUUUGGAUUGAAAAUAUCUCAGCUCGUGGAUGUGGAUGAAAAGAAUCAACUGAUGACAACAAAUGUGUGGCUCAAACAGGAGUGGACAGACCACAAGUUACGUUGGAACCCUGAUGAAUAUGGUGGAAUUCGUUCAAUUAAAGUUCCAUCAGAAUCUCUCUGGCUUCCUGACAUAGUUCUCUUUGAAAAUGCAGAUGGACGUUUCGAAGGCUCCCUCAUGACCAAAGUCAUAGUGAGAUCUAAUGGCACCGUCAUUUGGACCCCUCCAGCCAGUUACAAAAGUUCAUGCACCAUGGACGUCACGUUUUUUCCAUUCGACCGGCAGAACUGCUCCAUGAAGUUUGGAUCCUGGACUUACGAUGGUACCAUGGUUGAUCUCGUUUUGAUAAAUGAAAAUGUUGACAGAAAAGACUUCUUCGAUAAUGGAGAAUGGGAAAUACUCAAUGCCAAAGGGAUGAAGGGCAACAGGAGAGAUGGCACCUACUCCUAUCCGUUCAUCACUUACUCCUUUGUUCUGCGCCGCCUACCCCUGUUCUACACCCUCUUCCUGAUAAUCCCCUGCCUGGGGCUGUCUUUUCUGACAGUGCUCGUGUUCUAUUUGCCUUCUGAUGAAGGAGAAAAGCUUUCGCUAUCAACCUCUGUUCUGGUUUCCCUGACAGUUUUUCUUCUAGUAAUUGAGGAAAUAAUCCCAUCUUCCUCAAAAGUCAUUCCUCUCAUUGGGGAGUACCUGCUGUUCAUAAUGAUUUUCGUUACCCUGUCGAUUAUUGUUACUGUUUUCGUGAUUAAUGUUCACCACAGAUCUUCUUCGACUUACCAUCCCAUGGCCCCCUGGGUUAAGAGACUCUUUCUACAAAAACUUCCUAAAUUGCUUUGUAUGAAGGACCACAUGGAUCGCUACUCUUUCCCAGACAAAGAUGAGAGCCAACCAGUGGUGAAAGGUAAAGUUCUAGAAAAAAGGAAACAAAGACAGAUUAGUGAUGGAGAAAAAGUUCUUGUUGCUUUCUUGGAAAAGGCUGCUAAUUCCAUUAGAUACAUUUCAAGGCAUGUGAAGAAAGAGCAUUUUAUCAACCAGGUAGUACAAGACUGGAAAUUCGUAGCCCAAGUUCUGGACCGAAUCUUUCUGUGGCUCUUUCUGAUAGUGUCAGUUACAGGCUCUGUUCUGAUUUUCACUCCUGCUUUGAAGAUGUGGCUACAUAGCUCCCACUAGGAACACAUCUCCAGAGCAAUCUAAAAUACCAUAAAGACAAAAUCACACCUUAGAACUGACAUCCAGCUAGCAUGUACAUACAGUACCCAAAUGCAUGAGCUUUUUGGAAAGGUCAGUGCCGUCCUCAGGGAAACUGAACACUGGUAAAUGUGGGUUUGCCCACAGUAAAUUCAUGAUUGCCACUGGAGGGAGUUGGGUUUAAGUAAAGCAGAACCCCCUCAGGUCCCUGCCUUGGCUUCUCCAGACGUUCAUGGAGUCAUAUGGUCCAGGUCUGACAUCACAGCCAGGACAUGCUAGGGCUGCAGGACUAAUGCCCCCAGGAAGCAGGACCAAGGAUGCACACCAGGAACUCAAGGUAGUCGCUGAUUCAAGCUGUUUGUGUGCACAGACCUGGGUCUCCUGAAUCUACUGGUGUCCUUGGUGGUUUUGCCUGAGUUUGCAAACUGGUGCCGUGUGUUAUGCCUUUGUAGCAAUGUGUAUAAGCAAAUCUCAACAACCCUCUGGGGAAUCACACUGGUCCAACAGGUCUGGCACAGAUCGCUUGUUAUCGCAAAGAUUCCAAGAUGCCUGUUAACUAAAGCCCCUCCCCUUCCCCCCAACAAAUGUGGUAUUUGUUAAAAACAGUCUCUUGAAUGUGGUAACCUUUAAGACAGGUGGUAUUCGUGACUUAUUCAUAACACUGUAUAGUUUUUCUGAUGGUGAAACUAGAACCUACGUGAGUUGUGACUUGCUCUAAGGGCCAUAUCAAAAUAACUUACAAUAGAAACACUGUUAUCUGUUGCCAAGAGUGCAGUCAUUAAAAUGCAUUAUCUUUUCCUAGAAAAUAGAAGUACUGAACAUUCUCUGAUAAUGGGUUUUUAUGUCCUCACAGCCAGUCUAAUCCAUUUCAACAGUACUCUCAAGGCUUUCCAUUCUGCUUUUUUUCUUCCUUUCUUUCUCUUCCUCCUCCUCCUCCCUCUGCCCCCUCCUCCCUCCUCUCCCUCCUCCUCCUCUUCUUCCUCCUCCUCCUCCUUCUUCUUCAG